AUGAGCCCCUCAUGGGCGCUUUUACUCUGUAUUCUGGCCCAUUUACCGUGGUCGGCCCUCCUGAAACGUCAUUAUCGGCGCUAUCGACCUCACAAUUACCAGUUGACUCUCUCCAUUCGAAAUCAUAACGUCACAGAUGCCAGAUUCUUUCGUCUCAUUGGUGUCGAUAACACUGCCGACUUCUUUGUAGCGCCCGGGAAGACAUUCACCAAGACUUAUGAGGUAGGAGGAUGGAUGGAUAAACUUUAGUUCUGAUAAGUUUAAUAUGGAGUUUAUGGAAGAAUAAGAGCAAAUCUGUUUUGUUAAGGCUCUAGAUAGAGGAUUCAUGCCAUAACGGACUACAUGAUUACAUUUUUCAUGGCAUUAAUUUUUCAGGUUAGCCGUAAGGGAUGGUGGACGUUGAUAGUUGAGUUCCCGGAUAAUAAAUUUGCUCGGUCGCCCAAGAAAAUCAUCUCACGAGACUCUUAUCCGCAUUGGAUCAUGGAAGUAAGCACAAUUCUUACAUUUUAAAUUAACAAUACCCAAAUUAAUACAAUCAAACUUUCUGUAGGUCUACUACUAUCCUGGCCAGGUGGGUUUCAGUGAAUGGCACAAAAUGCGACGACGAAAGUACCGGCAUUACCGAGUAAUCGACUAG